AUGGCUCUCAACUCCCACGACGUCCANAAAGUGGACUCGUUCAUCAACCGCGAACCCGAAGUACGCAUUUGCUUGACUCCAAUCGCACCUCCCGCAGCACUGGGAUUAGCUGGCUUCGCCGGCAGUACAUGGAUAACUGCGUCUUGGAUUGCUGGCUGGUGGGGCAAUGACUCCUCGCCAACGAUUUUCUUUCCGUUCGUGGCCUUUUGGGGUGGCUUGAGCCAGUUCAUUGCUGGAUUGUUCGGCUUUCAUGCUAGGGAUACGUUGGUUAGUGUGAUUAAUACUAUCGUAGGNUGGGGUGCGUUUUGGAUGAGUGAGGGAUUGAUGUUCUUGUUGAACACUACUGGAGCUCUCCCUGCUGGAGACAUUCAUGCGCAUCUUCCUGAAUUGGCAUCUUGGUUUGUGGUUCUGGCUGCCUUUACUUGGGUUGGUGCAAUCGCAGCCACCGCCCGUGACGUUAUCCUCGCAACCCUCCUCUUCGCCCUUGCCAUCGGCACAACAAUUGCUUGCUGUCUCUUCGCAUAUGGAACCGGUGUAGGCAUCGGUAUCAAAGUGGCCGCAUACUUCUGGAUGUUCUCUGCUCUGCUCGCUUGGUGGCGUGUCGCAGUAUACCUGAUUGAAGAGGCCUAUGGACCCAAGAGCGGGAUUGCAAAGUUCUUCCCUGUGUUCAGAACGUCGACAGAGAAGAGUGCUCCCAUGGUCGUUCCAGGUCUGGGCGAGCCGGGUGUCAAGAGAGGUAUGCCUGGUGUUAUCUAG